AAAUAUCUAUCACUUUUUCAUCUUACUUAUAUCCUGGCUUGUUUUAUCUGUUUUUUUAAUAACUAUCCUAUAAUCAUACUAGUACUACCUCAACAAUGUUGAAUAUCUCAUUUUCAAUGAGAAAAGCUCUCACUUAUCUUCUUAUAUCACUUUUUUCUUUUUCUCUCUUUUACCAGUUGAACAAUUAUAUGGUGGAUUCUUCGGCUAAUGAUGUAUCUUUAAUCAGCUAUUUUAAUUCCAAUUUUCAUAGAAAAAGCUUCUCAACCAAAAAAAUCUCAAUAACUGAAUCCUUCAGAUUUGAUCAUAUUUUUAACAUAGUGCUCAACCAGAAUAACAAUAAUGAUCAAAAUAAUAACAGCAAUAACUUCUCUUCUACUCCAAUACCUCAAUCUUUAAAUAAUAAAAUUAAUCUUAAAAAAAUUACAUUAAAAUCUUUUUAUAAACCCCAAUCGGUUAAAUCUCUCCACAAUUUAAAUUUUCAUCAAAUAAGUCAACUAAUCAAAACUGCCACCAAGGAUUUGAAUACCCUUAGUCCUCUCAAAAAAAAUGAGUUGAUGCCUUCAAAUGAUGACAAUUUUGAUUGCGAUAUCUUCGCAAAACAAUAUGAUAUUUUCUCAACAGAUCCUCUAGAUAUCCCUAUUGAUUCGUACAAAUAUAAAAAAUAUUAUAAAUCUCUUAUAUCAAAUACAGACUUAUUUUACUUGUUUGACGAUAUCAAUCUUCAUGGUAAUGAUGAAAUUUUACAAAAAAAUUGGUUCUACUCAAGUUUAAAUUCAAUUUGGCUUAAAGAUUAUAACAUGCAUUUCACAAUCUCUGAUUUAAUGUAUUCACAACACUCUGAUAUAUCAACUCCAACUUUCAACCUAAUCACCUACCAGUUUUUAAAUAACCAAUUCAAUAUCAUAAAUAGUUAUAAUAGCAAUCCAAAUCAAAUUGAAAUUGAUAAUGAUAAUGAUAAUGACGAUAUCGGUAAUACUGACAAUACCAAUCGUAAUUAUUUCGAUUUUAGAUAUGGUCCCAAUUCUUACCAAAAUAUCUCUUAUCCUUCUUUCCCAUCUUUCUUUGAUUUCCAAUUUUAUUAUAAUAUCUCCAACAGUAUUUAUGAUAGUGGUUACGGGCCAAAAGACGCCAAAAUGAUCAAAAAAACUAUCACCUACCAAUUUUACAAUAAUCAAAAGCAACCUAUUAAAUCAGUUGAGUACGAAGAACCAAUCAUUUUAUUCAACAUGUUAUCUGAAAUUGAUUUAAUAUCUAGAAAAAGCUCAGAAUCCUACAGCAAUAGUGAUAGCCAUUACAGUGACAAUCCCAAUACUAAUAAAUUCAAUGAACCUAUCUUGAAAAGAAUUCUUUAUUGCUAUUUACCCUUUCAAGAUAAAUUAAUUCCCUUGAAUAUACCCCAUCAAAUUAAAAUUGACCACACUUUUCAACCAUUUUUUAAAGAUAGCCUGAAAAAUAAAAUCAGAAUUGAUCUUAAUGAUUAUGAUAACAUUGAAAACUUUGAUGACGAUUAUGAAUUUGAAUUCAAAAAUGGUAUUGUCAAUUUAGUUUAUUCAGCUAACCCUUUAAAAACCUUACAAUGCAGUUUAGAUACUGGUGUUUGUGCGAUUGAAAAACCCAUUAAAUCAAUUGAUAACGAUCAUUUCAAAGGUGACAAGCUAGUUGCCUUGUCAAAAAAAACUAGAAUGUUGCAAUUUCUAAACUUCAAUAAUAAUAGUAAAAUAGUAGAUUUUAUUUCUCCAGCCUCUUUUCCACAAUCCUUUUUAAACAAUAAGAAUAAAACCCAGAGAUAUCAAAAGAGAUUAACCAGCUAUAAUAUCUGGUUGGGUUUUGUUAACUCUGAAAUCCGUGAUGCUGCUUGUAGCCAAAUUACUUAUAAACCUUCAUUGGUUUUAUUAUCAAAUUUAAAAAAUUCAGAGAAUUCAAAUAGUGAUAGUGAUGACAAUAGCAAUUAUAAUUACAAUAUUGAACUUAUAAGUGACACCAUAGAUUUCAAUUUUGAUUUGCAAAAAAGCGUCAAAAUUGAAAAUAUUGCCUAUUGGGAAAUUGAUGAAUCAAACAGUAAAGAUUAUAUGGGAUUAAUAAUUAGUGAUGAUAACUACAAUACAAAAGUCGUCCAUUUGAAUGGAGUAUUGCCAUAUAUUUUAAAUUUUGAUUUUUUCAAGAAUCAUGAAAACGAUUAUCAUGAAUAUGGUGAUGAAGACUUUUUUGUAUCUAAAGAAGAAAAGAAAUCAAUCUUUAAAGUUAUAAAUAAUUCAAGAUUGACGACUUGCUUGUUAAAAUCUGCUGGACAAAUUUGUAAAAUGUAAUUCCAGUAACUAUUGUGACUAAACCUAUCAUCAAUUUUUUUUCAACCAAAAUUUUAUAAAGUGCUAAUGAAUCUUUCUAUAGACCAAUUUUUUUUAUUUGUACUUUAGUAGACUACAUAGAAUUUGCUAAUGAAAUAAACUAAUAUUUUGCUGUUUAAACCGGAUAGAAAGUUCGUGGUUUGUUUCUAGUGCCUUUCCAACAAUUUGGAAAUUAUUUAGCAAUUAUUUAAUAAUUAUUUAAUGAUUAUUAGUAUUAGUAAUGGCAUUACUAAACCCAGAGAUCAAUAAGAAGAUUCAAUAGAAUUUACGAUAAAAAACUGAGAGCACUGAUUUGCUCAAACGAUUCAAGUGAAUGGGCAAAUAUUGUUCGAACCACUUGGGAUAUAUCUGAUUUAAGUUGGGUUUGUCCUAUUUUGAUAUCUUUUGGAAUGAAA